AUAUAUAGUUUCAAGUCAAGUAUGGAGGCGGCAUUGGUGGACAUAAUUGGCGGUAUCAUGUGCACAGAUACAAGCCGAAUCCACGAGUGCACUGAAGCUUUGGGCCAGGCGUUUAGGAAUCCGCAGACCCUGACAGGGUUCUGCCAGAUUCUGGUGUCGCCCCGAGAGGCACCAGUCCGCCAGCUCGCAGUUCUCCUGAUGAAUAAACGACUCCAGAAGCUGCAUCACUGGCAGAUGGUGGCGCCCGAACAGCAGGAGGAAAUAAAGAGUUGCAUGCUCCAGGCAUUGAUAGGAGAGGAGCAAAAGGGUGUAAGGAAUGCGAUUGGAAAGCUCAUUGGAACUUUGGUGCGUCAUGAGGCGGAUAAGGAGGACUCGUGGUUGGCUGAUUUGCUGGCACUCAGUUUUCAAUUCUGCAACAUGCCCGAUCCAAAGAAGAGUGAGCUGGGGGCAUCCAUAUUCUGUACGCUGACCGAGGCCGCCCCAGAUCAUUUUCUCAGCCGCAUGCCGGCGGCCUUUGAACUCUUUUCCUGUGUACUGGUGGCAGCCCAGGCCAAAGGAGAUAUGGCCACAACCACUGUAUCCAAUAUGAUGAUGGGAAUGUGUUUCCUGGUUCCAUUAGUUGACAGCCACACAGAGGAGACGCUGGAAAAUACCGUGCCUCUGAUGCUUUUUGCCCUGCAGGCAUUUGCCCAAAAGGGAGUCGUGUCCGAAUUCAAUAACGGCUUUGACAUGCUUGAUUCCAUGGUCGAGAAUACCCCAAAAUUGCUCAAUAAGAAUAUACAGAACGUCGUUCAGUUCUGCCUGGAGAUUUUGAGGAACAAGCAGUUCUAUGCUCCCAUCCGUAUUGAGGUGGUGGACUUUGUUGGACGCGUAGUGAGCGUAAAGAAGCGGACAAUCGUCAAACAGAAGCUGCUAGGGCCCAUCCUGGUCGCCAUCUUCGAGAUGAUCUGCAGUGUAUUCGACAGCGAGGAUGAAGAGGAUGACUACCUCACGGGAACCUUCAAUAGUCCCGGCAGCGCGGCCACCCAAGCCCUCGAUAACAUGGCUUUCGACCUAUCCUCAGAGAAGCUUCUUCGAGCUCUUCUCCCAAUUAUCGAGCCAUCUCUCCAGAGUCACGAUCCACAGCGCCGUCGCGGCGCCUUCAUGUGCAUAGCCGUCAUCUCCGAGGGUUGCUCGGAGUACAUCAAACGGAACAAUCUGGAAAUAUUGCUGAGCCUCAUCAUCCAGAGGGGCGUUAUCGAUCCGGAUCCCCGCGUGCAUAACGUGGCCUUCUUUGCCCUGGGACAGUUCACAGAGCAUAUGCAGCCCGAGAUAUCCACAUUUGCACCGCAGAUAAUGCCCGUGGUGCUCGAUUUCAUCCAUCAAGUGGUUGUGGAGGCGAAGAUGACCCAUUCGGUGGAGCCCAACAAGAUAAAUCGAAUCUUCAAUGCUCUGGCAGAUUUAUGUGAUCACCUUGAAGAUGAGAUUUUACCACAUUUGCCGGUGGUGAUGGAAUGUCUCUUCGAGUGCAUGGACCAAGAGAACCACGUGCACAUUCGAAAGCUUGCCCUAAUCAACAUCUCAACGGUGGCCAGUGUAUCGAAGACCAAUUUCUCGCCGUACUUAAAUCCGAUUGUGCAUAUACUGACGCACUAUCUGGUCUAUGAAUGCUCCGCGCCGCUCAAUGCGCUGCGCAUUGAGGCCAUAGAUACACUGGCUUCAAUCGCCAGUUAUGUGGGAAAAGAGAAUUUUACUCAUCUCGCUGAUUGUACACUGCAGUUUUCUCUGACAAUGCUGGAUCAGGGUCCAGAUGAUCCUGACCUGAGGCGUGCCAUCUACUCUUUGCUUUCCGGACUAUCGUUCGUUUUGACUGAUAAUAUGGAUACUGCGUUCCCAAGGUUUGUGGAACGCAUGAUUCAGUCGGUGGCAUCUACCGAAUGUGACAAUGAAUCCAAUAAUCAUAAUGUGGGCGAUGGUUCGGAUGACUUGCAGGUGGAAAAUGACUUUGUCCUUGAGAAGGAGGAGGCCACAUUGGCCUUGAAGGAUAUUGCUCUGAAUUCAAGCAAAUCCUUUAUGCCCUACCUUACGAUGGCAUUCGAUGUGGUGCACAAAAAUAUUGAUCAUAACCAGGAAGUCAUCCGCAAGGCAUCCAUCGACGCCCUCUGCGCAUUUGUGAUGGCCCUCGGCUAUACGGCUGACAUAGACGGCGUGAAGCUUGCAUGCACCAUCCUUGUGCCACAGUUUACUCACCUUAUCAAGAAAGACGAGGAGCCGGACAUAGUCUCUACAAUACUGGAAAACCUCGGCGAGCUAUUCAAGACCGUCAAGAAAGCGGCUUUGCCCUUGGCUCAACUGGCAGAGGAUCUCGUUGGGGGCAUCACAGAUGUGCUACUCAGUAAAACGGCCUGUCAGUACAGUGAGCCCGUGGACGAUGGCGAGGGCGAUACGGACACCGAGGAGUGCGAGGACGAUGAGAUGGUUAUUGAGAGUGCUGCCAAUCUCGUGGUCACGAUUAGCUACGCUCUCGACCCGGAGACAUACUCAAUGUAUUUUGGACGACUGUACAAAUUAUUAUUGACCCAACUGGAAAAGGCUAAGAAAAACGAUGAUCUAAAUCAGCGUACUCUUGUUUACGGCGUCCUGUCCGAGUGCAUCCGGCCGCUGGGCAUCCGUGUGGUCACCUAUUUCGAUGACCUCUUGCCCGUGUUCCUAGAAGGCUCAACCGACUGCCAAUCCAAGGCGCGUCAUUGCUGCUUCUUCGGCCUGGGCGAACUCGUCUAUAAUGCUGAAGAAAAUUCUUUUGGCUCGUUUUCAGUGAUUUUGCAAGCUCUCUCCGAUGCGAUCGCCAGGGAGACUGAUGCCUUUGCAGUGGAUAAUAUCUGCGGGGCUCUGGCACGCCUGAUUAUAACCAAUUGCAAUAUUGUGCCUCUAGGUUUCGUGCUGCCCGUUUUUAUGCACAAUCUGCCCCUCCGCAAGGACACCGAAGAUUAUGACAUAGUGCUCAUGGCUUUCCGCGUCCUCUACAUGAAUGCGCGUCCUAGUGUUGUCGAUUUCAUUGGCCAGAUGGUGGCCGUCACCCUUAAUGCGCUCGUGAAUGGGAAACUAAGCGAUAGCGAAUCCACUGCCAGUGCUGUUUCCUUCGUGCAGGAACUAAAGGACGACUAUCCGCACCAUUUUAACAACGUGGUCAGCACGUGUAACAGUGCGGAGGCAUUUGAAAUUGUUCAGAAUCUACUCAAUUAGGCUGAAGCCAAAUAUGUCAUAUAUGUGUAGCUGUUCGUAUAUAAUUCUCUAAUUAAUUGUUACAUGUUUCUAAAUUUAUAAUUCUCAUUAAAUACUAG